AUGGGAAUUCAAGGUCCAGCUUACAAUUUAAUAUCCAGUUUCCUAACAACAAGAAGCCAAUGUGUGGAAGUCAAUGGUGUUAUCAGCGAGACUCGGAAAAAGAGCUUGCAGAAAGUCCACCUGAAUGCAAGAUAUCUAAUGUUUGCUGACGAUACAGUCUUCAUUUACUCGGAAAAAGAUCAAGAAACUCUACAAUCCAAAAUCAAUAAUGAUCUAGAAACAUUCUCCUCGUGGCUCUGUGCAAAUAAAUUACUGCUAAAUGAAGAAAAAACUGUCUACAUACAAUUUAAUUACAAAAGAAGAAACCACGCACAGCUACAAAUCGUUAUAAAUAAUCAGGAAAUUAAAAAAGUUCGCCAACAUAAAUACUUGGGACUGGUAGUGGAUGAAAAAUUAUCUUGGAAUGAACAUAUUGACAACAUAUUCAAAAAAUUGGGCAGUUUGGUUGCAGCUGUUAAACUGACGGAAUUUCUUGGCGAUAUCGCAUUGUACGAAGAGCAAACCAUACAUACGAGCAUGCUAUACGUAAGUACGAUUUACCGGUUCUGGGAAUACGACAUCGAUGCAAUAAUCGCUACCUACCUCAACCGCUUAACAGCACGCGGCGCGCUGAAAAAUAACGUCGAUUUCGCUUCCCCCACCGGAAAAGCCGGAGAACGGCCCGCUGAAAAUCGAGGUAGCAACAGAAUCAGCUGUUUGUCAGAUGGUCGGAUCUCAGAAGACAAACGAUUAGGCAGCGAAAUAGAGGUGUUCGCUGAUAUAAGGAGGUACCACGCAUACACGACUCUAAACGCAAAAAAUCAGUUUCGGGCACCUACCGAGUGGGGCAUCGUACUGCGACCGACGACUGUGACCUCUACCGGCAAAACGGCGGACAACAGCGACGACGAUCCGUCGCCUUCGUCAUCGUACACCUCCUCCGAUCAGUUGCGCUGUCUCGCCUGCGAUUCGGAGCGAGUACGGUCCUGUUGGGUGCUCGCCAUGCGCCUCGCCAAGUAUGGAAAACAGCUCAGGGAAAAUUACCGAGCAUUCAGAAAUAAGCAGGGUGAUUCUGUAAACUCAAAAGACUAUAAUAGCUACUCCGUACCUAAUGAAUCUGUUCGUUCUCGCGUCGCCAUGGACUUUGCCGGAGGCGUCGGCAGGAUAGUAGAAGAUCCUCAAGAGGCGACAGCGAUAGCGGUAGCCGAAGGAUAUUCGUGGAAACGCCGUUGGAGAGGAUAUACUAGAGGAUCAUCGGGUCUUAAUCAAUCGCAAACGGCUUACGUGCAAUCUAUAGACGCCGGCAUUCACAUGACGCAGCCCUGGUUUCAUAGCGGAUUGACCAGAGAUAAAGCGGCUGAAUUAGUUUCCAAACAUGGCACAGUCGAUGGGGUAUUUCUAGUUCGCGAUAGCCGUUCGAAUCCCGGCUCGUACGUGAUUACCUACAAAUGCGGGGGCAAAGUUAUACAUGCACAAGUCAAUCCGAUUCUGGAUCCCCUCAGGGACAGGCCCGUUUUCUCCAUCGACAACGGCGUCACGAAAUUCUACGAUCUCCUGCAACUCGUCGAAUUCUACCAAUUGAACGCCGGCUGUUUACCUACAAGGCUAACGCAUUACGUAACGUUUCUGUUAACCGAAGAGUCGUCGUCGGAGAAAUCCGAUUCUCCCAAUACGUCGAAGAAGCCGGCCUCCAUCUCUUCGGGGAGCAGCAAUUGAACGGCUACGAAAAUGUACGGACAAUUAUCGAAUUUUCUUAAUGGUAAUUUACUGUUUCCUUGCGAUUACUAAUGUACCAGGUCCGUUGUUGAUAUUGAAUUUGUCGAGUCUGAAGUGGUGUUUUUUUUGAUGAUUGUGUUUUUAUGAGUCGAUACUUCGUGUUUCUGUAUUGCCAGUAAUGAAACGGCUUUUUCUGGUUCUAAUAUUUAAAAAGUACAAACUUUAUAGGAUUAUUAUAUUAGCUAACGUUUUUUGUAAAUUCGACAAUAUUUUGUAUGAACAAAAUUGCCAUAUUUAGAAACUCCGCAAAGUAAAAACACAACAAUUUUUUUAUCAUUUUGUGCACUUUUUGAAAUAAUCGUUAAACUACUUAAAAGUGUUACAAAUGAUUUGACGAAAAAGAAAUGGGUAACUAUUUGAUUUUUUUAACAAUUUUGAAGGGUCGUUAAAUACAGGGAAAGUGAGAUAGUUGAAUAAUUGGUAACAUUAUUUCUUUUGUCAAAUUGUCCUGUUGCUGGUUCGAAUUUCGGGCGAUUCAUCGCCCAGCCAUUCCGAUAGCCGAUUAAAUUGACCAGAAUGGGUUCUAAUUGAAACGUAACAUCGAAUUUAUUGGCUCAAAAAGUGCAACAAAAGAAGCGUUACAAAAAACUAGUGAGUAUUUACAAUGUUGUAUUGAAACGAUAAUAAAUUUUAUAGGACGUAACGAACAUCAUUUCAACGGUUUCGCAUUGUGAUAAAUUAUUUUUCAUAUAAAAAACCGUUUUAUAGAAUCUUAAUUAGUAGUUAAAAAUUAUAUUGAGAAUUUUUCUUUUGGGAAAUCAUUCAUUGUAUGGAGAUAUUUCAGUUGUUUCGUUAUUGAGGACUUGAUUUAAUUGCUAUUUUGCCCAUUUAUUUCUUUAGUUUUUUUGGUAUUGUGCCAUUAUUACGUAGUGUUUUAUUCCGGUUAUUAUUCUUUAUGGAAGCCAAUUGUUCCUUUUUUUUAUAAAAUGUACGGUCAAAAUUAAUGUUAUUUGUAUAGGAAGUUUCUUCACAUUUACGACUUAAUUGUAAUUUGAUUAGAAUUCCAAUUAUUAUAUAUUUUAAUUCACUGUCCAGUUUUUAAUACCAUUCUUUAGUAAUAUUAACAUGCUUAGAAAAAAUUGUAUGUUUACGAAAUUCCGUUUUUCUAACCGAAUAUUCUAUAUCUAGAGUCACUUUAUUUCAUCUGGUUAGUUUCUGGUUCUUUCUUAUCUCCUUCAUACUGUAAAAUAUUUCUCGUUAUUUCUAUUUAAUUAUAAAUGUAGCAGAUAAAUUGGUUUUAAGUUUCAAAUUGAUAAUUCGUUUUUUUAACAAUAUAUGAAAUCCAUGAAUUCAUAUUAUCUGCUUAGUUAGGCUUAAGUAAUUUAAUCCUAAUAUUGAAAUAUUGAAAUUUAAUUAGCGCACACCUUCAACUGCUUUCAUUAUCAUAAUGGAUUUCAGACUGGAAUUUUUAAUUAAAAUUACUUUCUUUGUCCAGAAAAAAAUAAUUUUAAUAUUAAAAAUCUAAUUAUUCAUUAUGCACAUUCACAUUACAUAAAAAUCAUAAAUCUACUCGCUAAGUUUACUAUAAUAAUUACUGACAUAGUGUCUUGUUUCAUAUUCUUCCAAUUAAUAGUAGGUGUACUUUAAAACGUUAAUUUAAAUUUACUCUCUAAAUAUUUAUUGUAUUUUGAUACUCGUUUAAAUUAUAAUUAAGUGCAUAAUUGUGAUAUUAGAUAAUUUGUUUUUUCGUGUCAUGCAAAUUGUUUUUAAUUGAAAGGUAACUUCUAAUAAACGGUUUUUUAUAAUAAAAUAUUAGAUUUAGUAUGGGUGUUUGUUUGGAGCAUAUUUCCUGCAUUAAUUUAAGAUCAUGGUGACGUCCAGAUUGACGAAAUCUCUCUUCAACAAAUCAAUAAAAUUUUUUGAGAUAUUCAUACAGGUUUUCCCUUGCUAGUGAUUAUUGGGAUUAUUUGUUCAGGAGAGAUUUGCUUCGGUAGGUAUACUAAUAAUAUGAUUUUUAAUUUUGUUGUAUGUAACUUUCGAUUUCGGGCAUUUAGAUAUAAUAUCAGUGGCUUCUGUGAAUAGCGUUUGAAAAUCUAAAAUUUGUUUCUAACAUAGUUCUAAAAAAAUUAUCUACGAAAGAAAAACAAUUUAAUUCAAUUUGACUGAUAUUUAUGACCUGAUUAUUAAAUUUUAAACAAGAAACCAAAAGACCAAAAAUAUUGCAUGUUGAUUUCUCCAGCGAAAAAUUCAAUAAGUAAUCCGCUUAUUUACUUUGUAAUCGAAUUUUUCCAAAGAUAUAAUAAGUGUAUAAUGUAAUUCAAUAAUUCUUUUCAGUAUUAAAAUUUCGAUAUACAGGGUUUUAAUAGUUUAAAAAACCAUUAGAUUUAAUUAAUCGUAUUUCUUAUACACUAGAUGAAGGCUGUGGCUUAGAUACGGAAAAUUCGAAGAAAAACGAAAAUUUUCCAUGUACUGUUAAUACUAUUGUGAAAAUACAUAUACGAUAUAAUUGUUUUCAAAAUUUUUAUGCUAUAAUUUAAAAGAUACAGUUGAAGUAAAUUUAUUAUUUACUAUUUAUCUUCGUUUUCCUAAUGCAUUAAUUAUUAAAUUAUUACAACAAUAACAAUUAGUUAUUAUUAAUUGGACGGUGUUGAAAUAUUAAUUGAUAUUACGUAUUUUCACAAUUUUUAUCAAAAUCUUAUAUUUGUUUGUUCGGUUAAAAUUUUAUUGUAGUUGUUUAGAUACUUACGAAAGUCAAAUAGCAUUAAGAAAAUUGAGGAAAAAGAAUUUUGAUCGGAAACAGGAUUUAAUCACUAAAAAAUUACUGCACUAGUCUUUCUAUAUUAAUAAAUCAUAGUGGUACUACCUAUUUCUUUUUCCUUAUAGUAUUUCUCAAAAAUUAAUAUCUUAAAUCGGAGGUAGACUUUUAUAUUCUCGCUAUUGUAAGUACGAUCGUCAAUGUUUUAAAUUCAUUAAAAUGCUUGUUACCUCCUACCGAAUUGUAAUCACACACAAAUUUUUCCGAAAUACUAGGAAUAUGCUUAAGGUACUUUUAGUUUUUCUUUACCUUAAAAACGUGCAUGUAUUUCAAGCCAAAAAAACUAAUAGAAAAAAAGCAAUACACGUGUAACUGUAACAAAUUAAGUUUAGAAUAAUCCAUAUAGAUGUGAUAUUCAGUGUUUUGUUUUUUAUAUGAUAUAUGUAGGUAUAUAUUUUCGAUUAAUUUGUUUAAAGAAAAAUCAGUAUUUUCGUAUUACUUUGGUUAGCCGUGAAUAUCCAAUAGAAUUUCAAGAAUUAAAAUCCCUAAAGGGCAUUAAUGUUAUUGAUUUUAUUCUACCUUACAAAUUGUUUUAAUUUUUUGAAAGUUCGACUCGAAUAAUUCGAGAUCCGCAACCAUUUCGAAUUUCGAACGCGUUCUAUUGGAUGUAUCAUAUUAAUUAUUUACUUAUUUUGUAUAUACACACAUUUAUUUAUCAUAAUACAUAUAGUAUAUGUUUAAUUUACCUUUACAACAAUCUAUUUUAGUGUAACACAUGUAGAACUUAUCUUAUGACGAUUAAUAGUACGUGGUGUCCCAAAAAGUGUCUCGUGUUUUCUGUUAUACAGGAAAUUACUUAGAAGCGGCACAGUCGAAUUUGUAAGUUUUUUUUAACCAAUGGACCAACGAUGCAUCAUUCAAAAAGGCUUGCAUUACAAAUUUUUUGGGACACUCUGUAAAUAUUAUACGGCUCUGACUUUAGGCAGUCUCUUGUCAAAGCUUCGGUCUAAUUUGAAUAAAACUUAACCUCUUCUAAGUCACUUUUCUAUAAAAAUCACAUUUUUGUAUUGUAGAUUCAUGACAAAAUAAAUUUAUAUUUGAUGAA